AUGGAGUUUGGGUACAAGCUGUGUGCAAGGGGUCAACCCCAGAGACAGGGUGGGGGGCAGGAUCAGGCAGAGGGAAGGCCAGCUGUGCUGCCCGAAGCCUCAGGCCAGCCACGGGACUCAGGCCGCGUGAAAUUACCCCUUCAGAAGUUCUACCUGGGGCCACAGCGGCAGACAGAGCGCCUGACAGCUGAGCAGAUCAAGGAGUACAAGGGGGUCUUUGAGAUGUUCGACGAGGAAGGCAACGGGGAGGUGAAGACCGGAGAGCUGGGGCGCCUCAUGAGCCUGCUGGACAUCAACCCCACCAAGAGUGAGCUGGCCUCCAUGGCCAAGGACGUGGACAGAGACAACAAAGGAUUCUUCAACUGUGACAGCUUCCUGGCCCUGAUGGGGAUUUACUGGGAGAAGGCCCAGAACCAGGAGGGCGAGCUGAGGGCAGCAUUCCGUGUCUUCGACAAGGAGGGCAAGGGCUACAUCGACUGGAACACGCUCAAGUACGUGCUCAUGAACGCAGGUGAGCCCCUCAAUGAGGCAGAGGCUGAGCAGAUGAUGAAGGAGGCCGACAAGGACGGGGAUGGGACCAUUGACUAUGAGGAGUUUGUGGCCAUGAUGACCGGAGAGUCCUUCAAGCUGGUCCAGUGAGCAGGUGCUGUGGCCCUGGG